CUUUUUUUUCCUUUCAUGGAGAAUAAUCAAAAUGAUGAAGAAUACCAUUUUAUUCCAUAGAGUUAAAUAAAUGACAAUUAGGAUUAAAACGUAGAAAUAUAGAGGGAUGGGGAUAUUGAUUCUUGGAGCUAUUGCUUAUUAAUCACAUGUGGGAUGAGUGCCUUAAUAGGUGGUUUUUUUUUAUCCGGAAUGACUUCCUCUUAAGAAAAUUCACCUGAUGAAUGCAUCAUUAUCAUUAAAACAAUAAGUUAUUACUCUUAAUAUUUAAUUAUUGAUGGGGCAGCUUAAAUGUAUAUAUUCAAUCACAUCAUAAAGAAUUGUUAUUUUUAUUAUUUCAUGUUGUUUGCGGCCAUUUAAAAAAUACAAUAUUAGAAAAUCAGUCGAUAAAUAAUUAUUAUUUUAAUUUUUUGAUUAAUUGUUAAUUUUUCUUGUGAUAAUCAUCAUAGAAACAAUAAUCAAAGACAAGAAAAGGUGUAUAACAAUAGGAACUAAUUUAAUAAUAAUUUUCUAUAUGGUUUUGGUAUACAUUUUGACGUUUUUAUUGUCAGUAGAAAUUUGGAACUUAUGA